GCCCUGCUGCAGCGGCAGCCGCGCCCGCGCGCCGCCCGGCCGCGGUCGAGCCGUUGUCACAUCAAAUCAAUCACCUCUCCGCGUCCGUCGAGAUCACUCGCAUCAAUCAAACCAUCCAUCCUUCCCACGCAUUCGAUCUCCCUCCGCUGCUCCGCGCCGCCCGUGGGUGCACUCGCGGCGGCUGCCUGCGCGCGCGCGUGGCGUCCCCAGCCACCAGCCUCCGCCGUCCUUCAAAGCUGCCGCCGCUGCCUCUGCGCGCGCCUCCCGUCCGGCGGCCGGCCGUCGUCCUCCGUGCUCCGGUGGACGCAGCGGCGGCGAGGGCGAUGGCGUCGGGGGGCUGGGCGUGGGUGGCGGAGGUGGCGGGCGAGGAGCUGGCCAAGCUGGAGGCCGCGCACCCGGGCCGCUUCGGCCCGCUCAAGGCCGAGCUGGAGCGCCUCGUCGCCGACCCCGCCCUCGACGCGGCAGCCUUCCCCUCGCCAGUCCCGGUCACCACUGCCACCGACGACGACGACGACGGCGGCGGCACCGCUCCCGCCUCGUCCCAGCCCGCUCCUUCCCUCGACGGCCUCGUCUGCACCCAAGAGUCCACUACCCGGAGGAAGAGGAAGCCGCCGGGCGGCGGCGCCGCGCGGGAGCCGGAGGAGGGGAGGCGGAGGCGGCGGACGGGCACGCCGCCGGGACGGGCCAAGGACAGGGCGGAGAUGGCCAUCGAGCGCGCCGAGCGGUGCCUGGAGAGGAUCCGCGCCGUCAAGCGGGGCUUGCUCGCCGCUUGGAUUCACUGACCGAAUCGUGCAGGGGCGGAGAAAGAUGGGCAAGGAAGAUGGAAAGCCAGGCGAUGGAAGGGAACUUUUUUUGAAAGGCUCGAUGGAAGGGAAAUCAACUAAUCAAGACUGUCCUUUUGUUGUAAAUGUUUGCUUUUGCUAAUGGGAAACUAGGGCCCUGUUUA